GAUAAGCUCUCCACUCUCAACGCCUAAUUCGUCGAUUUAUUAUACCAAGUCGUCCGCCCCAUGAUCAGUGCUCUGUUCCUCAUCAGCCAGAAGGGUGAGGUAGUGCUCAAUCGUUUUUACCGUGACGACGUGAGCCGACGCGCGGCCGACAAUUUCCGACUGCAGGUGAUCGCUGCCAAAGAGACGGGUACGCUCCCGCCUGUCAAGGUCAUCGAUGGGUGCUCGUUCCUGUACACCCGCCACGAGAACUUGUACCUGGUGGCUGUCUCUCGCGCCAACAUCAACGCCGCCUUGGGUCUUCCAGUUCUUUUACCAGCUCAACAUCAUCUUCCAAGAAUAUUUCGGCAAAAAAUACAAUGAAAGAGACCAUCCGAGACAACUUCACGCUUGUGUACGAGCUGCUGGACGAGACCAUGGACCACGGUUACCCUC